AUGAAGUUUAACGCCAGUAUCAGUUCCUUCCUACUCGUCACGUACCUCGCUAUUACUGUCGACGCUAUCGCUUUAGACGAGAAGCUAGCUUGCGGCGCGCCUUGGAAUAUUGGUCACUCAGAGGGUAGCUCUUGUAAAUUUUGGGGGAAGGAUGAUAACGGAACUCACGUUCAUGACGGAACUUGUCAUAAGAGGAGUGGUUUUCAUGUAAUUCACAGAUACAAAUGCAUCACGACCUCGGUCGAUUUGCUGCUUCGUUCUCUCCGCACUUGCUUCAUGUUGUCGAUCAUCGUCUUUCGAAUUUCCUCCUGUGUCCUCGGUCACCCCGUGAGGUUUUAUACGACGUACCUCUGA